CAUGAAGGAGGACUCAAUAAUAUGAAAUUUCUACAUCGUGGAGAAUUAUCGAUUUUCGAAAAAUAUCGUUAUGAUUUAAGUCGAGCACAGCUUAAAGCGAGUUCAAGGACGUCAGCUCUUCUGGCUGGUUUUGCCAUGGUUGCUUUAGUCGAAUUGCAGUAUGAAUCAACGACGCCUCAUUAUCUUUUAAUAACAUUGGCAGUUGUAACGACACUGCUUGUAUCUGUUCAUUUACUUGCUCUUAUGAUGUCGACUUGUAUUUUGCCCUAUAUCGAAGCAAAUGGAUGCUCACAGGAUUCACCACAUAUACGAUUAAAAUUUUAUAUCGAUUUAUCAUGGAUAUUCAGCACUUGUAUUGGUUUAAUGUUAUUUCUCAUUGAAAUUGGUGUAAUAUUUUUUGUUAAAUUUCAUGCUGUUGAUUUUGUAUUAGCAGCUUAUGUUUCCACUGCUUUAUUAGUGCCAGUGGUAAUAAUAUUUACAAUAUUUUCAUGCCUUAUUCAUAGAAAUCGAUUAAUUCAUUCAAUGAAUCGUGUCGAUUCCAAGGUUCAUGAUUUACAAAAGUUUUUUAGUGAUAAUGAUACAUUAUCAACUUCGAAUACUAUUCAGCGAUCAAAUAUUGUUACUCAAAUUGUUUAA